AGUCUGUCUGUAUCAAAAAUUUCUUCCAUGAGUACGUUCCGUGGUGGGGCAAAAAAUUAUUAUUUACAUAUAUUUUACAUAAAUUUAUGGAUAAAACAAAAUAUUAAUAAUAAUUCAAAGAUUACUUGAGCAAGCAAUCAAUCGUGCUUUGGCAAACCAUUGUUCUGCAAAAUGCAGUUGGUGAAACGUCUGCUAAAUGUUUUAGUUCUUCAUCUCCUCCUUGUCCGGCUCUGCUCUUCCUUGGACACCAGAAAAUUUGAUCAACCCGUCGGAGACGGUGAUUUCUUGGUGUCCAAGAAUGAGACCUUUGUCUUGGGGUUCUUUAGUCCCGGGACAUCUACCGACCGCUAUGUUGGAAUUUGGUACAAGUUUUCAGAAGACAGGGUUGUGUGGGUGGCCAACAGAGAUAAUCCCAUCAAUGGCAGCUCAGGAGUUCUCUCAAUAGGUUCUGAUGGAAACCUAGGGCUGCAAGCCAAUACUAGCCAAGGCCUUGUUCGUCUGUGGUCAACGAAUGUUUCGAUAUCAUCAGCGAGCAAUAUUUUCGCCCAAAUCCUUGAUUCGGGAAGCCUUGUUUUGGCUCAACAAGGCAGCCAGGAUGUUUUUUGGCAGAGCACUGAUCACCCUACACAUAUUCUUCUUUCGAGUAUGAAAAUCGGGUUGGACAGGAGAAGUGGCAUCAACCGGUUCCUCAUGUGUUGGAAAUCGGACAAUGAUCCAGGGACGGGUAAUGUUUCGUUGAGAAUGGACCUGAAUGGAUCGCCUCAGUUGAUCUUGUACAAGAAUGAGGCUAAGUGGUGGAGGUCAGGACAUUGGAACGGGAUUCAAUGGGGCGGCAUACCUGCCGUGCAGCGGAACGUUGUGUUUAAGAUCAAUUUUGUGAACAACAAAGAUGAAAUUGCUGUGCAGUGGACUGUUCUCGACCCUUCAAUUUACUCGGUGAUCACAAUAGAUGGGAUGGGAACACUCAACCAGCUAGCAUGGCAGGGGCAACAGCACCAGUGGGUUUCGCUUUGGUCAGCGCCAUUGGAUGCCUGUGACAGCUAUGGCAAGUGUGGUCAGUUUGGCAAUUGCAAUCCCUACACUAACAGUGGGUUCAACUGCACAUGCUACCCCGGGUACGAACCAACCUCACUGCAGGAUUGGGAUUUGAGAGACGGAACAGGUGGAUGCAAGAGGCAGCAGGGGUCGCGGUCCAUGUGCAGGAAUGGCGAGGGAUUUGUGAAGAUGAAAAAUGUAAAGGUUCCAGACACGUCCUCCAUAAAAUUGGAGAUGAAUUUGAGCUUGGAAGCGUGCGAGGAGGAGUGCUUGAGGAACUGCUCGUGCUUAGCGUAUGCGAGUGCAGAUGUGAGGAAUGGAGGUACUGGAUGCAUGACAUGGUAUAAAGAUUUGAUGGAUACUAAGCAGUUCACAGAAGGCGGGCAAGAUUUGUACAUUCGCGCAGACGCAGUAGUUUUAGCUCAGUAUAAAAAGAAGUCAGAAGCAGGGUUUUCUUCCGGAAAAAGGCGACUGGCUAUUAUAUUGGGAGCGUCAAUUUCUGUCGCCUCAUUGCUCAUACUCGCAGUUUUAUGUUGGUUCAGGAAAAUAAGCAGGAAGGAGAGAGGAGGACAACCUGAACUGCUGAAUGAUCCCGCUGCUUUUGGUUCACGAAGCUGUGAAGAUUUGCCAAUAAGAAAAGAGGUUGAUGAACACAGAGGAAAAACAGAUUUACCUUUUUUCGAUUUAACCACCGUGGUUGCAGCCACAGAAAAUUUCUCUUUUGCUAAUAUGCUUGGACAUGGUGGCUUCGGCAUGGUAUAUAAGGGAAAUCUAGCUGACGGACAGGAAAUAGCUGUCAAAAGAUUAUCGAGAAAUUCAGGACAAGGAGUAGACGAAUUCAAGAAUGAAGUCAUGCUUAUAGCAAAACUCCAGCAUAGAAACCUUGUGAGGCUUUUGGGUUGCUGCAUAGAUAAAGAAGAGAGGAUGUUAAUCUAUGAAUACAUGCCGAAUCGCAGCUUGGACUUAUUCAUUUUUGAUAAAAACAGAAAGUCGUCGUUAGACUGGAGAAAGCGAUUUCAAAUUAUCAUUGGGAUUGCUCGAGGAGUCCUAUAUCUUCAUCAAGAUUCGAGACUAAAAAUAAUUCACAGGGAUUUGAAAGAAAGCAAUGUUUUACUGGAUGGUUCAAUGAACCCAAAAAUAUCAGAUUUUGGCAUGGCAAGAAUGUUUGGGGAUGACCAGAUUGAAGCCAACACGAAUAGAGUUGUUGGCACCUACGGUUACAUGUCACCGGAGUAUGCUAUGGAUGGGCUAUAUUCCACAAAAUCUGAUGUGUUUAGCUUUGGAGUCUUGGCACUAGAGAUCAUUAGUGGCAGGAAGAACAAUUUCCAAUUCGAAAACCCCUCUCUGAAUUUGGUUGGACUAAUAUGGGACUUGUGGACAGAAGGAAAAGUCUUGGACAUAGUUGAUUUAUCACUAAAUGAGUCAUAUUUGACUCAUGAAGUUAUGAGAUGCAUUCAGAUUGGGCUCUUGUGUGUGCAAGAAUACACAACAGACCGACCGACCAUGUUAGAUGUUGUGUUCAUGCUGGGGAACGAAAUGACUCUUCCACAUCCGAAAAAGGCAGUGUUUAGCUUCAAAAAUAGCGGUCCGGAUUCUUCAACUUCUAGGGGAGCUUCUUCUGUAAAUGAUGUAACAGUCACAGUUAUUGAAGCUCUUGAAGAGAGAUACAUGUUCAUGAAUUUUACAGAAGGAGUGAUUGUUACAACACUAGUUCAAAUCGUUCUUCUCAUCCGGUGCUGCGCUUCAACGGAUAGCAUAGCAGCAGACCAAGCCAUCAGGGAUGGCGAAGUUCUCGUCUCGAGUGGAGAAGUGUUUGAGCUUGGGUUCUUUAGCCCUGGGAAAUCCACGAAGCGAUACGUUGGAAUUUGGUACAAGAAAGAUGUAGAAAACAGAGUUGUGUGGGUCGCAAACAGAGACAAUCCGGUCAAUGACACUUCAGGAGUCCUCUCAAUCGGUACAGAUGGAAACCUUUUCGUCUAUGCGAAAAACAGAAGCAAUAUUCCUCUCUGGUCUACCAAAUCCGGGGUUUCAAUUUCAUCGUUAUCAUCCGAACAAGAUCCUAUUUACAAAGCUCAGCUCUUAGACACUGGAAACUUUGUUUUGGUUGAGCAACAACAAGACAGCGAAAAGGUAGCAUGGCAAAGCUUCGAUUACCCCACGCAUGUGCAGCUACCAUUUAUGAAACUUGGUAUUGACAAGAGGACAGGAUUGAACCGGUUCCUGACUUCCUGGAAGUCGGAAGAUGAUCCCGGAACAGGGAAUUACACCUACAGGAUUGACCCAGGUGGAGCUCCUCAGAUUGUGAUGAACAAAGGUAACAUCCGAUUGUGGCGGUCUGGAAAUUGGAAUGUGAAUAGGGGGUGGUGGAAUGGCACAACCACAGUGCAAGGUGGCCUUGAAAUCUACACUACAAAUGACGAGAAUGAGAUCACAUUGAUGUGGGACGUUGUCAACCCUUCGAUCAUCUCAAGAAUAAUAGUGAUGGACAGUUCUGGAUCAAUCAAAGAACUUAUAUGGUAUCAACAAAAGCAGGGGUGGAACCUAGUCUGGUCUGAACCCUUGAACAAAUGCGACUCUUAUGGCUGGUGUGGAGCAUUCGGCAAAUGUGAUCCCUUUGGAGCUUAUGGCUUGAGCGAGUUCGAGUGCAAAUGCCUGCCAGGGUUUCAACCCUUGUUGGAAGUUGAGUGGAACAUGAAAAAUGCAUCGAGUGGCUGUGUGAGGAAGCAUGAGGCAUGCAGAAAUGGCGAAGGUUUCAUCAAAGUUGCCAACGUGAGAACUCCUGACACAUCAUGGGCACUGGUGGAUACGAAUUCGAGUUGGAAACAAUGUGAGGAUGAGUGCUUGAGAAAUUGCUCUUGCUUGGCAUACACAAAAUUACGAGUUGGCAUUGGCUGCCUGACAUGGUAUGGGAAUUUAAUAGAUACUCGAGAUAAUGCCGAAGGGAGUGGUGACGAGCUUUACAUUCGCGUGGAUGCACUUGAGUAUGCCCAAUACGCAAAGAAGUCAAAGAGUUUUCUUGCCAAAAAGGGAAUGCUGCCGGUUUUGGUAGUAUCUAUUGCUAUGGUAUCCUCCUUCAUUUUCGUCGGAUGUUGUUGGUGUUUAAAGAGAAAGGGAAAAGGAUCUUCAAAGGAAAAAACGGAAGAUGAUAGUGAAACUCAUCAUGACCUACCAUUUUAUGACCUAAAAAGCUUAGUUGCUGCCACGGAAAAUUUCUCUGCUGCUAACAAGCUCGGCGAAGGUGGAUUCGGCUCUGUCUAUAAGGGUUUACUAGCUAAUGGACAAGAGGUUGCUGUGAAACAAUUAUCAAAGGAUUCAGGACAAGGUUUAGAACAAUUUAAGAAUGAGGUUAUGUUGAUAGCAAAACUUCAGCACAGGAACCUGGUGAGGCUUGUAGGUUGCUGCGUCCAGGCAGAAGAGAAGAUGUUGAUCUAUGAAUACUUACCAAACAAAAGCCUGGACCUUUUCAUAUUUGAUAAAAGUAGAAGCUCAUUGUUGGACUGGGAAAAGCGUAUUGAGAUUAUCAUCGGAAUCGCUCGAGGAGUCUUAUACCUUCAUCAUGACUCAAGACUGAAAGUCAUCCACAGGGAUCUGAAAGCUAGCAAUGUUCUAUUGGAUUCAACAAUGAACCCCAAGAUCUCAGAUUUUGGACUGGCGAAAAUGUUUGGGGAAGACCAAAUCAUAGCAAAAACAAACAGAGUGGUUGGAACAUAUGGCUACAUGUCACCGGAAUAUGCAAUGGGAGGGAGAUAUUCAACAAAAUCGGAUAUUUUUAGCUUUGGUGUCAUACUGCUAGAGAUCGUUAGUGGCAAAAGGAACACGAGUUAUGAUGAUGAAAGUCACUCCCCAAAUUUGAUUGGACAAAUUUGGGAUAUGUGGAUGGAGGAGCAAGCAUUAGGUAUAGUCGAUCCAUCAUUGGAUCGGUCAUAUCCUGCACAUGAGGUUUCGCGAUGCAUCCAGAUCGGGCUACUUUGUGUGCAAGAAAGUGCAUUGGAUAGGCCAACCAUGUCGGAAGUUGUUUUCAUGUUGUGUAAUGAAACAACUCUUCCCUGUCCCAAGAAACCUGCAUUUAUAUUACAAUCCACAAAUCCAAACAAAGAAGCAUCAAGAGGAGAAAUUUGUUCGCUAAAUGACUUAACAAUAACCGUGGUUGAAGCGCGGUAAUGAUCUAGGUUGUACGUCUCUGGGUGAAUCGUACCAUGUCAACCAAGUUCUGAGAUGCAUCCAAAUUGCCCUCUUAUGUGUGCAAGAUUAUACCAUUUCAUUUUCUUCUUACAUUUAUGGUUUCAUUUGUUAAUAUAUACUUCAGACACUAUUCUGUAUUUUUAUCCUAAUUCAUACUUACUAAUAUUUUUUAAUGAUUUCAACAGUCACCUAGCACUGAAGAUUCGUUUGA